CAGGUUUCAGUUUAACAACUGCUGGCAUUCGGAACGGACAACUUUAUUAAUAUAAAAACUAAAUCUUUAGCAGAAACAAGUGCAUUUACGGAUCAAACCCUUCGACCAUGUGGCCACCAGGAAAACGACAGGGAAAGCGAUAUGGACUUGGAGUGGUCCUGCCAUUGGCUAUUGGACUACUGCUCUGCUCUGCGCAGACGCAAAGCUCUGUGACGUCAUUAGAAAGAACAGCAGCAGCAGCGGCACCAACGGCACGGGAUGCUGCUGCAGCAGCAGCCCAAAUCCUUGAAGACGCACAAGCCAGCAGCGUAGUUCAGGAUUGGAGUUUGGUGUGCAAAGAGCUCUGCGGAGCCGGCCUGGCCGUUACGACGCCUGGCGAGGCCCAUUCUACGAUCCUGAGACCGGAAAUUGAUGUGGCCAAGUGCGGGCGACUGUGUGGACUGCCAAGGGAUAUUGUGGGCGAUAGACUCUGUACGAGCUACUGCCAGAAAAGGCAUCGCUCGCUGUCCGGCUGCAGUCCAUGCCAGGUGGUGCAGGAGGAGAAGACGAUGGCCAGUGCAAUGCAGGGCAAUGCCACACAUGGUCCCAGAACUGGGGAAUCCUUGGAGGCAGCAGCAGCUGUAGCUGCAAUUGCAGCCGCCUCGGAUGUUGCGACUACCGCGACACCCGACUGGAACGAAUUGUGCAAGGCGCUCUGCAAGACUGGCGAUGGCGGGUCUUUGUGCAACUGUGAUCUAUCGCCGUUCUCCACCUGAAACUGAAAUCAUAAUCACAGGUGCGAUGGAAGGUGCUGGAUCACAAAUCUAUAUUAAUUUAUAUAUAUAUAAUUCGAAAGUUAUUAUAUAACAUUUUGUUGUUCUUCGUUUUGGACUUGAGUUAGUGCUAGUGUUGUCUUUAUGCUAUUAUAUACAUAUAUUCUAUGCUCCAUAUCUUGUUGCGAGAGUUUAGUUGAAAAUACUGUAAAGAAAAAACAGAAAACAAAAAAAACUAGAGAAAAAAAAGGUAAAUCAAAGAAAAAGUAAAAUAUAUAUGAGCACUCUACACAUAUGAAAGAAUCACGCGCAAAAUGACGGAGGAAGAGCGAAAAUUCAAACAAAUUCCCUAUGCGAAUCAAUUAAUUUGUAAUUAAUUUCAAUUAACAAAAGCUAAACGUAACUAUAAAAGAAAAGCUACAUAUAUAAGAAGUAAGACGGAGUAAUCCAACAGCAGAAUCACAAAGGGCUUCCAGUGUCCCCUGCGCUGGGGAUCCAUCCAUCCCAUAGGAUCAUGCGUUCCGGCGUGGGGGGACACAACCCCAUAAAAAAGUAUUAGGUGAUUGGAAUAGGGAGACACAACCAAUUAAUAUCAACAAACACAACAUAUCGUGGUAAAUCAAUUACUUACACUUAACGUAACUCACUUCGGACUUUUGUUUUUUUGUUUUUGUUUUUUUUACGGAAUCAGCAUAUCAAUUUACGAAGCAGAGGCAGGAGAGGCUAUCUGAAGAAGUUGGUAUCCGAAGAGUUUUUGUGUUCAGUUUUUGGCUUACAAAUUAUCGGGCAUCAGUUAUGUAUGUCACAUUAACGUUAACCAAGAGUUUAGUGUUGGUUACAGAUAUAAAUAUGAAUAUACAUACAUACGAGUAAAUACGAUAUUGGUCUAUAUAUCUAAAUACACAAAAAUGAGUUGCGAUUGCAAAUCACAAACUCAAAAGCGGUACAAAAAAAAAGGAAAUCCUGACAAGCCCGCGUAUACAUUUAAAAUUAUUAUAGGUAUCAUUAUAUAUAUAUAUAUAUAUAUAUAUAUAUAAAUACAUAAAUAUAUAUAUAUAUAUAAAACAUAUAUGCUAACAUUAUCUGUGUGUUUGGAAGACAUUUUUUCGCAUUGUAUGAAAUAGAAGACAAUUUCAGCAAGCAACAACAACAGCAAACAAAAACAUUAUGGAAGACAUGCGUAAAUUUUAAGAGGGGGCAGACAACAUCUUGCCCCCCUUCGCAAUUAGUUCAAUAAGACCCUUAAAAUAAUAUAUUAAAUCUUUAUUUGGAAAAACCUAGUCAAUGGCUAGCACACGUUGUUGUGUCAAACGCGACGCUGUGACUGACAAUAAUUACUAGAAAUAAUACAAAGAAAAAAAGAAACGAUAAUAUGAAGAUGGAGAUUUGGGUAUUCAGUGUCUAAAUAUCAAUAAUUACUUAAUCGCGCACCAAUACUAUAUAUAAUAUAUAUAAAAUAUAUUGCACCGAAAAUUAUUAGAAGAAGAAGAAUAUCGCAGGACAGAGGAGUUUAACGAAACAUUAUUCAGAGCACAUUCAUUGAUAACCUAUUGCGGCUUCAGUAUGUAAAUCGAUGUGUAGCACGUUAAUCAAUCACUAAUUACGAUAACUACUAAUCGUCUACUUAUCGUACUCCAAUGCACUUGCAUUUAUGUAUAUGUAUAUGUGUUAGGCGUUGCGUUUCUGCCAUGAAUACUGCGACUAAGGAAAUUAAUAUCAACACACAAAACAAUUAUAAUAAACCAGAUUAAUUAAUUAAUAAUCAGCAACCAAUUUAUCUAUAAAAAAAAACAUCAUCAUCAAUUGCAAUUACAAUUGCAAUAGCAAACCGAACCGAACCGUUUCGCAGUUUGUUUUCGUUUGUUGUGGCAAGGCAAGAGGCAAGGCAUCGAUCGAUGCCACCCUCGCUGGGUGGCUACGAUCGAUUAUAUAGUGUAGCAGAUAGGAAGAACCAUAGUUGAACAGCUUGAUAUGCCAUAUGCAUAGUAUGUAUGCCGCGAGUGUAAUAGCCCCGAAGAAAAUCAGAAAUUUAAAGACAAUUCCACACAAGUAACCGAAAAACUCACACUAAAAAAAUAAUAUGUACACGCAUUCAAAGUAAAGGCAAAUAUAUCUAUUAUCUGUUAAA